AUGCGGAGAAGCCCAGCUGUGGCCGUGGGAACAGUGCCCGUGGUGCUCAGUGCCUUGGGCUUCACCGGGGCUGGAAUUGCAGCCUCCUCCAUCGCUGCCAAGAUGAUGUCUUCAGUAGCCAUUGCCAAUGGCGGCGGAGUUCCUGCGGGCAGCCUGGUGUCUAUUCUGCAGUCAGUGGGGGCAGCUGGACUCUCCCUCAAAGCCAAGGCCAUUCUGGUCUCCACUGGGUCUACUCUCGGGGCCUUGUUGAUGCCCUAG